AUGGAUGGAGGUGCAUUUGACACCCAGCCAAUUGGCCGCUUCUAUGGCGCCAAUACCACAAUCCGACGUCCAAGGGAGAUCACUUGCUUCUCAUAUGAUGAUGAGCAUAAGUUCCACCUCGGGGAUUCGUCCCUGCGGUACUAUUAUACGCCGCGCCUCCCCGCGGAUUUGAAUCGUGGCUUCGACACUUUCCAGAAGCUAGAUGAUACCGCCGACGAGCAUCUAGACGCUUUGCUAGAGACCAUUAUGGCUCUGGAAAAAGAGACUGGAAAGCGAUGCGAAGCGGAUAUCAUCACAUGGAGAGGCAUGAUGACGAAGAUUUUGACUGCUCCUUUUGACAAUCUCAACGGUUUCGAAAUGAAUGCGACUUGUUUCCAGGUAGGCGGUGAGAACAACGUCUAUAAAAACCAGCAAAAAAAAAUCCAGCAGAAUCAAAGAAUGCCCCCGGGAAUGGCCUCCCAGGAUCUGAUGGCAUACUGGGGCUACAAAUUUGAAACCCUAUGUUUGCUUCAGCAGCCAUGGGAUCCGACCCCUCGGGCCGAGAUCGAAAGUCGCGAAGACCUCGUGGUCAACAACAAUGCACAAUACUGCUCUGUUGUUCGAACAGGCAUAGGGAGUACUCGUUUAAUUAUUGGUGGUGAAGUUGAUGCUGUGUGGGACUGCAAACCCGACCGCAAGGAAGACCCCAUCAAUUGGGUAGAGCUGAAGACUUCGGCAGAGAUCAGGAACGACCGUGACAUGAUCAAGUAUGAGCGAAAGCUCCUAAAGUUCUGGGCACAGUCGUUCCUCCUUGGCGUCCCCAAGAUUAUUGUUGGUUUUCGCGACAAUCACGGUAUAGUCCAUCGUUUGGAAGAGCUUGAAACGGCCAAUAUACCAAAUAAGGUAAAGAAGCUUGGACGGGGUACGUGGGAUGGCAACAUUUGCAUCAACUUCGCGGCUGCAUUCCUCGAAUCUAAUGGGUUCAAAGGGCUCAAGUCAACAAUCAAGGAGGGAGGAACGUGGCGAAUCCGUAAGUCGGAGAAGUCGUCGCUUAUUCAGGUGUUCAAGAUUGAGGAGACUGGAACAGGCGACAUCAUCUCCAGGUCGUUUCUGGAUUGGCGAUCACGCUCAUGA